AUGGCCGACGAGCCUGAUACUUCGCCAGCGAAGUUUCUACAUAUACCAAAUGAGAUCAAACUCAUAAUAGGAAGUUUUUUAGAGCCUCCCGAACUGAACAACUUGAUUCAAACAACCUCUGACCUGGUUCCAUUACUACAGCCCCUUCUACACGAGAAGGCAGCAUCUUUCAUCGUGAACAAUGAUAUUCCCGCUCUCGCCUGGGCAGCACAGAACGGCCGAGAAGAGUUAGUUGAAAUCAUACUCCGAAGUGGAAAGGGGAAAAUUAAGCUCUCGGACAUUAUCCUAGCCAUUUUCAUGGCUUGCGAACAGGGAUACCCUAUCAUGGUGGAGAAAUUGCUAUCCUCUCUACCUAAAUUACGUAUGUGUUCUACUACGUCAGGGGGGAAGCAUUUCUUUACAGGAACAAAACUGAGGACGUUGACGCGAAAGGCGAGAAACAAAUAUGCAUCGGAAGAUGAAGAUCUCUCUGCACAUCUCUAUGUCGCGUGCAAAAACGGCCACGAAGGGAUAGCUCGAAUGUUACUCAAAUGUGGCGUACGUGAUGCUGCGAAGCUCAGAGCGCUCCUGGCUAUUGCCGAAGAAGGAGCCGAUGAGGCAGCUAGUAUUAUACUAACUGCUGGCAUGAGUGAUGACUCCGAGGCCAUUUCUAGGGCAAUCCUCUCAGCUGUGGGCGGCAGACAUACCAACAUGGUGAAGAUUCUAAUGAACUCGGGUGCACAUUUUGAAAUGCCGGUCCUGGCAUACCAUACCGCUAUGAGACAUCCAACAAGCAUGAUGGAUGAGGUUUUAUUAGACUUGCGUGAUGGCAUUACGCUACCCGAUAUGACGUCUAUAUUCACUGACGCUGCUCACUCCGGCAAUUAUUUCUAUAUCAAAGCAUUUAUUGAACUAGGAGAUAGAUGCCCUCUCCAAACCGGGGUAUUUGCUCCCUCAUUGAGAAUGGCCGCAGGAUGCCCGAGAACCUGUGAGAAAUUAAUUAGCCUAAUUAUCAAGGCCGGAGCCGAAUAUAUCACGAAGGACGACUUAUCACAGGCUCUGUACACUAUAGUCGGAUUUGAGCGGCCUGUUAUCAGCAGAGUCCUCAUUCAGAAUGGGGCAGACCCUUCCAGCCGUGGAGAAAACGGCAUGACGGCGCUUCACACAGCUGCCAUGUUUGGCCACAACUCAACAGUCAAGGUGCUCUUGGAUCAUGGGGCAGAUGCAACCAUCAAAGCGGACGAAGGGCAGACGGCCCUCCAUUUUGCAGCGGGCCAUAACUACUUCCCGAUCGCUCGAUACCUUAUUGAGGCUGGAGCUGAUAUUGAUGCGAAGGAUAAUGGUGAGUUGACUCCCUUACACUGUGCGGCGGACAAUGGUGGCUUUGAAGUGGCAACCCUCCUAGUUACGAAGGGUGUAAACCACCGAGCGAAGAGUUCGAGUGGAUGGACGGCACUAGAUUUUGCUAUGCGAAACAACCAUGGUCGAAUUGUGGAAUUGCUUCUUGCUCUAGAAAAAGAUCAGGCCAAAGAGUAG